AUGUUUCAGGACUCAGUGACCUUUGAGGAUGUGGCUGUGAACUUCACCCUGGAGGAGUGGACUUUGCUGGAUCCUUUCCAGAAGAAUCUCUACAGAGAUGUGAUGCAGGAAACCUUCAGGAACCUGGCAGCUAUAGGAAAAAAAUGGAAAGACCAGAACAUUGAAGAUCAGUGUAAAAAUCCCAGGAGAAAAAUAAGAAGUCUUAUUGAAGAGAGAGUCUGUGAAAGUAAAGAAGGUAGUCAACGUGGAGAAACUUUCAACCAGGUUCCAGAUGACAUGGUGAACAAGAAAACUCCACCUAGAGUAAAACUAUGUGAAAGCAGUGUGUUUGGAAAAAUAUCCAUUGAUCAUUCUUUUAAUAGGCUCAUUAGAGCUGACACUGCCCAUAAACCAUCUGAGUAUAAGGGAUGUGGACAAAAGCCAUAUACACAUAAGCAGCAUGAGAAAGGCUUCAGUUAUCGGCACUCCUUUGGAACAUGUGAAAGGUCUCCCACUGGAAAGAAACCCUAUGAGUGUAAGGAAUGUGGAAAAACCUUCAGUUCUCUCACAGGCUUUCGAAAUCACAUGGUAAUGCACAGUGGAGAUGGACCUCAUAAAUGUAUGCUUUGUGGAAGAGCAUUUGCUUUUCGCAGUUUAUAUCGUAAACAUGAAAGAAUUCACACUGGAGAGAAACCAUGUAAGUGUAAACAAUGUGGUAAAGCUUUCCGUACCUCUGGUUCCGUACGAGUACAUGAAAUAACUCACACAGGAGAGAAGCCAUAUGAAUGUAAGGAGUGUGGGAAAGCAUUCAUUCAUUUCAGUUCCAUGCUUAUACAUGAAAGGACGCACACUGGAGAAAAACCCUAUGAAUGUGAGCAAUGUGGGAAAGCUUUCAGGUCUGCCAAGAACGUUCAACUACAUGAAAGGACACACACUGGAGAGAAGCCCUAUGAAUGUAAGGAAUGUGGGAAGGCAUUUAAUUUUCCCAGUUCCCUUCAUAUUCACGAAAGGACACACACUGGAGAGAAGCCCUAUGAAUGUAAGGAAUGUGGGAAAGCAUUUCAUUGUGUCCCUUCCUUUCGUAAACAUGAAAGGACUCACACUGGAGAGAAACCCUAUGAAUGUAAACAAUGUGGUAAAGCCUUUAGUUGUUCCACUUCCUUUAAAUAUCAUGAAAGAACCCACACUGGAGAGAAACCCUAUGAAUGUAAGCACUGUGGUAAAGCCUUCAGGUCUUCCAAGUGGAUUCGAAUACAUGAAAGGACUCACACUGGAGAGAAACCCUAUGAAUGUAAACUAUGUGGUAAAGCCUUCAGGUCUUCCAUUUCCUUUCGAAAUCAUGAAAGGACUCACACUGGAGAGAAACCCUAUGAAUGUAAGCAUUGUGGUAAAGCCUUCAUGUCUGCCAAGUGUGUUCGAAUACAUGAAAGGAUUCAUACUGGAGAGAAACCCUAUGCAUGUAAGACAUGUGGGAAAGCCUUCAUUCGUUCCAGUGUCUGUCGAAGACAUGAAAAAACUCAUGCUGUUAAUGUAUGA